GGGACCAGAAUGCCGCGUGCGGCGGCUUCGAGCGCACCCCGCCCCACGCCCCUCACUCAAGCGUAUGAGGGACGCUGACGGAACCGCCCGGCAUAAGGAAAAAGCGGGAACUACGCAACGCGUGACUUCAGCUACCAUCAUACACCGCGCCAUUCCACUUCUAGGCGAGUAGAGGGCGGCUUCGGCUCCAGGAAGCGCGUCCAGCGUUCUACUACAUUUCCCAACAUUCCACGGUGCUAAGGCAAACGGGGCUCCUUCCCGGGGGCGGGGGGCGGGGCUAGUGACAAGGAAUGUCUGAUUGAAUUUCUUGAAUGUCCAUAGCAUGGCCAUAUGGGCCUUGCAAAAUGACGUCACCGAGCCUAGGAGCGGAAGUGGGUGGGGUGGGAAGAGGUUUCCUUGUUUGCAGCAGAGAAGGCGGAGUCUACCUGCUGUUUUUGGUACUGAUCUGUCCCCCUCCCUGCUUUCUCCUGUUUUCUUCAUGGGUUAUUUUUCCUCCUUCCUGCUAUGUGGCUUAUCGUUAGCCGAGAAUGCUGUUCUCCCUUCUCUUUCCACACCGUUUGGGUGCUAUGCCCGCCGCCCCUUCGUUAGCUGCUGAAGCACCCAUGGGUGCUGCAGCUCCUCCUCCUCCUCUUUCUUCUCACUCUGCCCCCGUGGGUGCUGCGGCAUCUCCUCCCUCCUCUGGUGAAAACUCCCUCCUGUGCUCCCAUCCCGCAGUUUCUAACCCUGUUUUUUCCCCAGCAGGUAGGAUUAUUGCCCCUCAUCCCUCGCUGACUCCAGCCCCGUUGCAGCGCCAUGGAGUUUCCAGAUUUAGGUGCCCACUGCUCAGAACCGUCUUGCAAGCGCCUUGGUGAGAAUGUGUCUUUAGCUGCAUGCCUCACAUGGACUCCCUUCCUGGUUUCUAUCUCCUUGGGGAACUAAACUGAGGUCAAGGGACUUGGAUUGGGAAGGAUUAUAGUUUGGCAGAAGUUCUCGUGUUCAGUCCCUCGACUCUGGGCUGGGAAAGGCUCCUGUCAGAUCGUGGAGAAUCUUUGGAAGUUUGUGCAAACAGUUCUGAGCUAAGUGGACAAAGGUAAAAACGGGUGGGGUGGGGUGAGGAGGGACGAAAUACUGUGCCAAGGUAGGCAGUAAACAACAGCCACUAAAACAGGGUGAGAAGCAAAACUCUGUUUGCAGCUGUGACACAAAUACAGACUAGUCAUCAGAAUUCUUCCAUUCUACCCCCCAAUACAAAGAGCAGCGUGGUGUUGCAUAACAGGUUGUACUACUGAGUGUGGGAGCCUGGAUUUUCUGGGUCUGCUUACGAGUGUGUGUUCUGGAGCUGAAUAUCAAAGUUCUUGUUUUUGAGUCAGAUUUGCCCUUCAGCCAAGGGAUGUGUUUUGAAGCUAAGCACACUACGCAGAAAUUUUCCACUGAAAUGAACCAUGAGCAUGUUGUGGAGCUGUAGUUCAUGAAAGUGUUAGCAGGCAGAUUUUUUCAAGGGCUUCUGUUUUCUCAACAGUUCAUAUCUUGUUUUGGUAAGUACUGAUGACUUCUAGGAACUAGCUAGAAAAUUUCUGAAAUAGUUUCUGUCAUCAUGCACAAGUUAUGCUGGUAGUAUGUUGCAGCUUGGAUAGCAUGUCGUGAUGGCUCCAGCAUAUUCUUUUACAUGUGGAGCACAGCAUGUUAAAAGGGCUUGCCUCCAUUUAGGUGGUGUCUUAGUGUUGGUAAAAAGCUGACAGGUGAGUAGGUGCAUCUCUAUGGAGAUGCACCCUUGGUAUUUUCCAAAUUAUAAAUGAUCUUGGUGUCCCAAGUUGCUUCAGUGCUUAAAGUAAUGGCAUAAAUUUCAUUCCCAGAUGAAAUCGAGCAAGUGCUAAUGAUCAUAGCACACUGCACAGUCUUUGUUUUUGUUUUCAUUAGCUCUACCUUUAAGGGAAAGGCAACUGCUUAGUGGCAGAGCAACUGCUUUAUUAUUGAUCAAGGUGGCAGAGAGAGUGAUGGCAGAGCAGAACUGGAGUUCCUAGAGAAUGCAGACGAUCAGGAUCCAUCUCAGGUUGGAAUCAGGCACAGUUUUGGGACUGAAUAAGCCUUGGUUACUUGGAUAGAUGAUCCGUAUUGAGAGCAGGACAAGUGGAAUGCGCCUGUGCUUCUGCCUCCCAGCCUGUGGCUUUUGAAGCCAUUGAUCAGUGUCCUCUGGGAACAGCAUGGUGGGAUGAGUGUUGGGGGCACUUUUUACUUUGGCUCCAUUCCUGCGUACAGGGCUAUGUCCAGUGAAUAGCACUGAGAGAUUGCAUCUUUGUCCCAUGGUCCUUUUGUUAUGCUGUGCCACAGGGCCUGAUUCUGCAGCUGUUUGGAGCAGUUCUGUUUCUCCGUAACAUCUGAGUCACAAAAGGCUGUGUUUGGUCUGGAACAUUGUCUGGAUGCAGUUGUGGAAUGGAUGAAGGCAAAUAAACUGAGCUUAAACCCUGAGAAGAUGGAGGUACUGUGGAUAGAUGGUUCCUGUGUUUGAGAGAUGAGCCAUUUGCCAGUUACUCUCCCUCUGAAACAACAGGUUUGUGGGUGCUCCUGGAUCCAUCUUUGUCACUUGAGUUUCAGAUUGCCUCAGUGGCUAGGAGUACAUUUUACCAGCUAUGGCAGGUGCAUCAACAAUAGCCAUUCUUGGAUAGGGAUAGCCUGGCUGUGCUAAUUCAUGCACUGGUAACCUCAAUUCUUGAUUGCAGCCUGUGGGGCUACCCUUGUGCUUGGUUCAGAAGCUCCAGCUGCUGCAAACUGCUAGGGGUGGGCUGUUGAUGGAGGCAGGAACAUAACCCUGGUGCUUAAAAAAUGUGUACUAGCUGGCUACAUGUUACUGGGUCAGGUGCACAGUUCUUGUAUUAAUUUGCAAGACCCUUAGCUACUUGGGUCUAGAAUAUCUUAAGGAUUAGCUGGUCCCCUACAUCCCUGUCUGAUCACUGAAAUCUUUCAGGGAGUCUCUGUUGGAUGUCUUCCAUGGUUCAGAUGCAUGUUUCGUAACUACUAGAAGCUGUGCGUAGUGAAUCCAAGCUUAUGGAACUCCCUCCCAACUGAGAUUUGAUAGACACUCUUCUUGCUGAACUUCAGGCAUAUGACAAACUUGCUUUUUUAAAAAUAUUAUUUUUCCAAAUUAUUACAAAUCGAACCAAAUUACUUUAAUACAAAUUCUUAAAAUCUGGUUUCCUGCUCCUGUUACAAACAUAUGUUUGCAACUUUCUCAUCCCAUCAGAUCCUUUAAGGUAGUGUUUGGGUUUAUGUUAAGUUUUAUUAUCCAUUUUUAUUGUUUUGUUCUUUGUAUGGUUUAUUAGUAAUGCUAAUGAUUAAGCACUGUAUAAAUUAUUUAAAUAAAUAUCCAGAAAGUUCCAGGUUUGAUUCCUGGCAUCUUCUGAUAUGGCUGCGAAAGAUUACUUCUAACUGAACUCUUAGGAGAGUCGCUGCCCUUCAGUGAGCUAGGUUGACUCAGUAUAAAGGCAGCUUCCUUUGCUACCUGUCUCAUAUGAACACACAUCCCUUAUGCCAAGAAUGGAAAAUUUAUGGUCCUUCAUAUGUCGCUACUUAUACCACCGCUAACCAUUGGCUACACUGAUUGGGGAUGGGAUGGUAGUUGGAGACAAACAACAUCUGGAGAGUUGCAGGUUUCCUCACUUCUACCUUACCCAGCCACGCUCUCUCAUACAAGAAGACCAAUCUGUCUAGCUAACCCAGAAAUAGUGCUUCAGGUUAAGAACUUUGCUUCAGGAUGAGAACAGAAAUCGUGCAGCGGCGGCACAGCAGCAGCAGGAGGCCCCAUUAGCUAAAGUGGUGCUUUAGGUUAAGAACAGUUUCAGGUUAAGAACAGACCUCCAGAAUGAAUUAAGUUCUUAACCCGAGGUCCCACUGUAAUAACAUUAACACUGGUGCUUUUUAGCUAGAAAAUACUAGUUGUGUUUGCAUGCUUCAGACAGAAGGGAUUGUAGUCUAUCAUGCUGAUGCAAGAAACUGCUAUGGUCAGGGAUUGGGAUCCUUCUGGGGGUGCUACCUAGCAUGAAAUGUAAACUGCCCUCUUAUGCAGAUGGGCUUUGAAACAGGUCCCACUGUGUUUGUGCCAAUUAAGAUUAGACAUGGGGUUCACACACCCCAGUGUUUGUUGAAGUAGAAGCCCUCCUACUGUGUAGAACUUGGUGUGUGUGUGUGUGUGUGUGUGUGUGUGUGAAUGUUUGAGAACAUUUUGCUUAGUUGUCCACAAUCUUUUAUUGCACGCCAGGUUUUUCUCUACCAACUCAGCCACCUGCCAUGCAAUCUGGCUCUGGCUCAGUUUCUCGAUAAGACAAAAAUAAAUGCACUUUCUUCCUGUCCUAUUUGUAGAAGCUUUUUCCUAGUUCUCUUUAUCUGAAGAGUCCUGGGGAGAAUUGGAUAUUAGCUUGUUACUUGAGCCCAGCAGUCAGGGGCUGCUGAAGGGGGUAGCCUGGAUCUUAUUUUCCUAGUUGCAUACCUGUUUGAGUCUGUGUUAGUCAUCAGUUACUAUGGCAUCGUCAUUGUGCUCAGAUCUUUUCUUCCCUCUCCCGUAUGCUCUUGGGAGGUUGCAUAUCCAGUGUGUUCUUGGCACGUACCCUUAAAACAAAGGAUACCUAGCAAGUCCCGUGUAGGGCUGCAGAGAAGACAGCUGCAACUCUUCACUGUAUUGUCCUUUCCUGCCCCUCAGAUUUCCUCCCCCUGAAAUGUGAUGCUUGUGAACAGCUGUUUUGCACUGACCACGUUGCCUACGCUCAUCACAACUGCACGUCGGCUUACAAGAAGGUAAGUGAAACUCAGAGGGGACAGUCUGGUCGCUUGCGGCACUCUGACACAUCAGGUGUAGAUGCCCUCUCCACGUUCAUGAAACACACUGACCUUGUCUACGCCAAAGGGUGAAAUUUGUCCUGCUGUGAAGCUGUUUCUUUUCAAAAUCUGAGCAUUUUCUGGAAGUGCUUCUUAUGGGACUGACUGUUGGUUUGUUGUUGUUGUUACUUCAGUUAUUCGUUCAAAGGCUCCCUGUGCAGCAAACACAUCAUUAAAUGAUUAUAAUUAGAAACAUUAUGAAAGCUGUUUAGAAACCAUCAACAUUCUCCCAGCCAAUAAUUUCAGGGUUGCCAGGAAUAGUAGCUUUCAGGAUCAGAUAGCUGAGUGAACAGGACAAUUUAAAAAUUCCUUUUGAAGGUUAGUAAUGAUAGAAACAAAUACACCUCACCAGGGAGGGCAUUCCACAAGUGGAGACCUACCACUGAGCAGGCCCUGUCAUGGGUCAGUGCCAACCAAGUGGUUCCUAGUGGCUGUAAUGGGAUGUUACACUUUAAUGGGACAAUGUUCACUCUCUUUAAUAGUGAACUUAGGUGGUGAGUGCUGACAGAAAUGGAGCCAAAACAGGGCCACUGAUGGACAAAAUAGAUUAUUUGGGGAACUCGGAAGAUUUCAUAAGUGUAUGCGUAUGAUGUGGGUGGCGCUGUGGUCUAAACCACUGAGCCUCUUGGGCUUGCCAAUCAGAAGGUUGGUGGUUCAAAUCCCCACGACAGGGUGAUCUCUCAUUGCUCUUUCCCAGCCUCUCCCAACCUAGCAGUUCAACAGCAUGCCAGUGCAAGUAGAUAAGGUAAACAGCAGGAAGGUAAACAGCAUUUCCAUGUGCUCUGGCUUCUGUCAUGGUGUCCCGUUGCACCAGAAGCAGUAUAGUCAUGCUGUCCCCAUGAUCUGGAAAGCUGUCGGUGGACAAACACUGGCUCCCUCAGGCUGAAGCGAGAUGAGUGCUGUACCCCAGAGCCACUUUUGAUUGAACUUAACCAUCAAUGGAUCCUUUACUUUUACCUUAGCUCUAUCUAUCUAUCUAUCUAUCUCCCAAUGGGCAAAAGAAUCUCCCCAAACAGCCAGUGAAAACUGCACCUGCUCAGUAGAUACAGAAUUUUGAAUGUCAGUUAGAAAAUAAACAUGGAGAUUUGGUGGGGGGCGGAUGGAGAACAGAAUACUCUCCUUGGAAGGCAUGGCCCUCUGGAACCAUGAACAGGAGCACACCUUAGGAGAUGAGGAGACCCUGCAGCAUCUAGUAUGCUCUCAUGUUGAGUUGGCCAGGGGUCAUUGUGUAACCUGUUCUCUGUCUGUUCUGUCCCCAGGAUGUGCAGGUCCCCGUGUGCCCACUCUGCAGCAUCCCGAUCCCUGUCAAGCGGGGAGAGAUGCCUGACAUUGUGGUGGGAGCACACAUUGACCAGGACUGCAAAUCGGACCCAGCUCAGCGCAAGCGCAAGGUAAGAGGCUUCAUCCGUCCUCUCUGCUGCCUCUUGUGGGACACGUUGCUUUAAGUCCAUCAGAAUCAGAUAGGUAGACAUACAACAGUUGGAUGCAACCUUAAUUUUGUGUUUUUCUAUGCAUAUAGAAAUAUUCUAUGCAUAUAGAAAUAUUUUAUGCAUAUAGAAAUAUAAUUUCCUUAUAAAAUAAUAUUAAAACAUACACACACACAAAAUCUGAUAUGCCCUGAAGUUUGGAUUGUGUGUCCCAGCGGACCCUGGGUUCCACAAGCAGGUUUGGGGCCAUUAUUCAGCGAUAGAAAGUGUGUUUUCUUACAAAAAAGUACCUGUAAUUUCCAGGUCAGGCUGGGAGAGACCCCUGUCCCAAACCCUGCAGAGUCUUUGCCAGUCAAUCAGCUAGAUGGACCAAUCUUUGUGAUAUAACACAGCUUGCUAUGUUCCUAUGCAGUGAGGUCCAGAUGGUAUGGGGUCCUUUCAAUGGCAGAACUGUGAGCAACCCACAGCUUGGGAUUUCUGUGGGUCUUUCUCUGGAGCGUAUCUGAAGGGCUGGGAUAACGGACGAGCUGUGCAUCCAAAUUGAGUAGCACUAGUGAGUUUAGUCUGGCUGCAGAGUUCAGACUGGCUACGAGCCAAAUUGGGGCCAGCCAAGUUAGAAGAGCAAGCUUCAAAACGGGUGGGGGAAAUGUUUGGCCCUCCAAAUAUUGUUGGACUGCAACUCCCAUCAACCCCAGCCAACAUGGCCCAUGGUCAGGAAUGAUGGGAGUUGUAGUCCAGCAGCAUCUGGAGGCCCAUUCUUGGAGAUUACCGUAAUUCGGAUGUAAUUUCUCAUUGGUUAGAGGCUUGCAGUUCGGCAUUUCCUUGUCAUUUGGGCAGUCCAGGACCUCCAUGCACACUGCCCAGGCUUGUGCCCCAGAGAGGUCACUUCGCAAUGAGCAAAGGUCUCUUGUAUGCAUUUACAAAGCAGCUGUGUACUGGGUGCCUUCCUCCCCCCCCCAACUGUCUUGAAUCACAACUGUGUCCAUCUGCCUAGAUCUUUACCAACAAGUGUCAGAGGCCUGGCUGCAAGCAACGAGAGAUGAUGAAGGUUCUGUGUGACCAGUGUCACGGCAACUUCUGCCUCAAGCACCGACACCCACUGGAUCAUGAUUGCGCUGGCCCUGGGCAUUCCCUCUCCAAGGCAGGGUAAAGGCGGGACAGAGGGCUGGGCUGGGCAAAACGCUUGGCAUGUGCCAGACACACACCUGCAGCCAUGCAGUAAUGCUGGUGUGCAUCCUUCAGGAGACAGUGGUUUCUUCCCCAUCCUUGGUUGUUGCAGCACACGAGUUGGGGGCCUGUGGCCCUCCAGAUGUUGAUGGUCAACAGUUCACAUUGUCCCUGAAAGGAUAGUGCUGGAGUGGAUUCUUGCUAGUCUCCGGGGAAGGGGGAAGGGCUUGCUGCAAUGGCGAGAGAGGUGCUCCUGUUACUAAGAGUUGCCUUUCCCAUUUCAGGAGUGCCGCGAUCGCCAGAGCUCAAAAACCUGCCAAAGCACCUACAAGCACUACACCCAGCAACGGAGCCACGAGAGCUGCUGCAGCUCUGCCAACCUCCAGCAGGUACAAUAACUGCUCGAGUCUGCGUUGUCCCCUACCCUUUCUUCUUAUAGCAGCUAAGCCUACCGUACAGCUUCAGGAAGCAUUGCACAGACAACUCCCAAUGGACGCAGGGGUUACGUUCCAAGGCACCCUGGUGGAUUAUCCCUGGGGAUUUUCCCUCUCCAUCUUACAUGCCUCACAAGUAGUGACAGUUGACAUCUUUUUUUGCACACAGAGCCAGUGAGAUGGCAAGAGCACCUCCUCCGCCACAAAGCAUAUCUCCUCCGGUGGUUGCCCUGCAGAAUGGAUUGGUAAGUCCUGGCCAACAAACUGGGCAUUUACACCAUUAAACACAGGCUGUUGCCUUUUCCAUUGCACACAGGCAGAAACUGGGGAAAUGCAUUUUAAGAAGUUAUUAUUUGUAAAGAAACAACAAACUAUGAAUAUUUGCAGGAAAAAAACAUUCUAGUGUUAAAAAGAAGCCUGAGAAAAAGGAUGGUGGUAGUUGGGACAAGAAAUCCUGGGCGUAACAAGGAGAAGAGUCGUGUAUAAGUGUUCAGAAUGGAAUCCAGUGGGGAGCCAAAGACAGAUCAGGAGGAGAGGCAAAUAAGUAAGAGCUUCAAAAGUGAGAACAAAAAUUGUAAGCCAAAUUACAAAUGAAACCAAGAAGUCAGGAAACGGAGAGAAAGAUAAUGUAUUAUCUUGUGGGUGCCUUCACUUGUAAGCCUCGUCUCAGCUUACAAGUGGACAUAUCGCUUCAUGUCCUUCGUUUAAUAUGCAUCUGUGAGUGGUCACUGUGGUGGGACAGGGUGGGCUGGGUCCAGAUUUGUCCCCUGUGGCACUCUGCUAACUGGAUGCACCCAAGGCCAGAAGUGGGGGAGGUGAUUUUCUGCAGUUCUUCCUUUCCGUAGGUCUUGAGAAAGUCUGCUCCAGAGGGUUGGAAAGACAGUAUUUGGGACUAAAGGGGAAAGCUGGUAAAAAUUCCUUUUCCCCCACCCAAACUCCCUCUAGUGAAAACCUCCACAGUGGGGUAGAAGAGCUGAAAGAAAAUUCACACCUUGCAACCAAUGCGUCCCUUUGGUUUGAUAGUACAUGGGUAGAUGAGUCUAAAAAGUCUGGGGCACAAAUGUUCAUGGCCCUCUAGGGGCUGUAGUGGCUCAUUUACCAGAAGUAAUGUUUUUAGUGUUCACUCUGGAAGUGUAUACUGAAUUCUGACCAAACUAUGUCUCGUAGGGUACAAUAUACAUCAGGAGGCUUAGUUUGGUCUUGGCAUAUGCUUUGCCCUGUACCUAUAAGCUGCAAGUUGCUGCUCCUCCACAGCAGGCUGAAUCUGCUUUUGUGUUUCAGAGUGAGGAGGAAGCGCUGCAGCGAGCCUUGGAGAUGUCCCUCGCAGAGGCAGUGCCCACCCAACCACAACCCCGCAGGUACAGCACGGUUGCGCCAGCCCUGCAGAGAUCAGCUGGCUUCAAGAUCUUACUGGUGCCACCAUGCCAGGCUGCCUGCUUGGAAUCUGCAUAUAUGGGAGACUCUCUGGCAGAGAAUGGGGGAGGCUGUGUUAACAUUCAUGUGCCCAGAGGACUGUUGAUAUCAAUUCCAGUCCUCUGAGUGUAAGGAGAGCCUGCUGGAUCAGGCCACUGGCCCAUCUAGUCCAGCAGAUGCCUGUGGGAAACCGGCAAGCAGGACCCGAGCUUGACCCCACUCUCCUCCUGUGGUUUCCAGUAAGUGGUAUUGAGUAGCAUUACUGCCUGCAGCUGUGGAGGCAGAGCAUAGAUGUCUGUGCUGCUUAGGCUUUCAAAGCAUUAAAUACAGAUCUAAAUGUGGUGAGAUCACUGUGUGCAGACCAACAUACUGACCUCUGCUUGGAGGUUUUUAUUAUUUAAAUGGAAUGCAAGUUCUUGUUAAAAUAAACCACUCCCCUAUCUCAGGAGAAAUGUGCCAGGAAAUUGCUGGGGGGUACAGAUUCUAAAUUGUGCAGCAUGUCUGACUCAUCCAGUCCUGUGUCUCAAACAGUGCCCAGGAAGAGGAAGAUCUUGCACUGGCUCGGGCCCUGUCGGCCAGCGAGGAGGAAUACCGGCGGCAGCAGCAGCAGCAACAGGUGAGCAAGAUGAGGCGAUUCCCACAAAGUCGCUUCUGAUCCUCCUCCUGCACAUAGAUUCUGCCAAUCUACCAAGGCUUCCUUGUGAGUAAAAGAGGACAGUCUCAUCAAGGAAGUCCAAAGCCAAACCAGCCAACUAGAGCCCAAAUCAGAUCAGCCGCCUAUAGGGUCUUUUCCUAUCAGCUUUUAUUGUAUAUAGAACUCUGCUGCUAGGUUUGGUAAAUGCUUUUAGUUGCAGGGAGGAGUAGGUUAACUAACUACACUGAAUCGUCCUGCCCAGCUUGGGGAGAAGCAGGUAUCCCAAAAGGUCAGGCAGACUUGUGCACUGCAGAUUUUUUCACAUAGAUUUAAAUCUAACCCUUGGCCACCAGUCCUGUUUGCAAGUUGGGAUUACAGAACGAUGGCCCUAUCCCUCUCUCCUUGCAAUAUAUUGUCGUCAUCCGCUUGCCUUUUAUGCCACUUGCCCUUAAAACGGUGCCCAAAGUGGUUCACAAAAUAUCAAGUGAACAAUUAAGUAUAACCGUUUAAUAUAUAUAUAUUAGAAAUAAUAUCAUCAAUAAGUAUAUCCAUACAAGUUUGGUUUAUUUGUAUUGUUUUAGACAACAUGAUUUCAUAGCUUAAAACAAAACAGGAGAGAGAAUAAUGCCCUCCUCCAUCAUUUUAUAUAUAAUCAUAGAAUGUAAAACAGUGUGCUUUGUGCAUGUGGGGUGGUGUAAGGUUCUUCUGGGAGAAAAUGGCCAGUCCGGUCUUGUUGGGCAGGGAGGGAAGGAUGUGCUGCCCUCUCUGGCUGUUCUUACCCUCAUGAUAUUUGUGUCCUAGGCUCGAAGCACAAAGCCCUCCAACUGCUGUCUGUCCUGAGCACAAUGAGACGCUAUCAGCACGUGGAUCGUGCCUGGUCACCAUGGUUCUUCUGUCCCCACCUGGGUUACCUCCUUCUGCCGCUCCCUCAGGACUACUAACAAUGAACCAAAGGCUGAACUCCCUGCCUGGUCCUCAUAGUCCCCUCUCUCUCUCUCUCUCUCUCUCUCUCUCUCUCAUUGAUACACAGCUGUUGUCACCUUGCACUGUGACCAUCAGACACCUUCUGGGGUAGCUGGCAGUAUUUCUCCCCCUGGAUGGAGCAAGUGGUAGCCCUGGGGUAGGGUUCCCAGACUUUCCACCAGAGCCGUGGCUGGCAUAGGUCACAGCAGUGGAAAGGGGGAGUGGAGUGGCCGGCAGCACUGGCAUCAGUCAGGUUAAACCUCAAACUGUCAGCUGUGUAGGGGAAGGUCCUACAGCUGUGGGGCGUUUGAAAGAGAGGCCCCCACUCUCUUAGCCUGUGGCAGUCCCAAAGCUGGACAGUAGGUGGUGCUAAACGCUUUGUAGAGAGCUUUCUCCCCACCUUAUUCUUGGUGCUGCUGGGCUUCCUCUUGCUACCUAUCUGUUUAGGGGAAGCUGUGGGUGGGGAGAUGUCUUUCUAAAGCUGCUCUCUGUCAAAUACUGGCGCUGCUGCUGCAUCAGAAGCAACAGCAGGGACAUUCAAAUCAUGGGAAGCACAAUGCAACGCCCAAGUCCUCCAGGAAGAGGCGGGAUUCGUGAUAGUCACAGCGAGCAAAGGACGAGAUCUCUGGGACCUGUUCCAUGCAAUCCCUUUCCCUGCUGAGAAGGCGUGUCAGGAUUCUCCCCUUCUCUGUGUUUCCUGACUAAGGCUCUUUCUGCCAGCACCCUUCUCCGAACAUCUGCCAAAGAUCAGCCUUGACCAACCGAUCGUCCACCGGCUGCCCUAUAAUGCUAGGGAAGGGAGAUCUCCGCUUCCAGUAGACGGCCAGCUUCUCUUAGACUGCAUGUUGGCAAAGCUGGCUGGCCCCAAGCUGCACCCAUACCUCAGUGACCACAUGGAUGUCUUUCUUCUGUCUGAUGCAUGCUUUGAUCAGGCACUGUCUUCUACCAGAUGUAUAAAAAAAAGUUUGUUUUUUACAGCCUUGGGCUUCAGCUUUAUGCUGUGCAGCAAUUAUUAAAGUCCCUCCCUCUGCAGGGGCCACUGCAUCAUCCAGCAGUCUGUGCCUUUGCUAUUAUCACCUCCAGUGUGGUGGGAGGAAAGAUGUGAAGGCAGGGCAUUGUGGGAAAGCUGGUGGGAGCCAAUAAAGUCACAGAUAGAACCAGCUUGUCCUUUGCUUUCAUGUUCUUUGUUUUUCUGGAGAGCACACAGUACGUUCAUCCUUUCCAGAUGGUUGUGGGUGGGAAGGAGUUUGGAUUUCUCUAAGAAAAUGCUCAACAUUUGGGAGUGGGAAUAGCAAUUCUAGCAUACUGUCCCCCUGUGCUGCUCAGGAGUAGCAUGGCAAAGCGUGUAGACUAGUCCAGGGGGAUUAACUUCGCGCCAGGCAAUUUUUGAGUCAUGAUUUAUGGUAACAACAUUUUCUAGUUGUUUGUUUUUUAAUCAAGUUUCUGUUUUGAAAUGCAUACACUUCCAGAACAAGCAUGCACGUUAUCCGGUUGCCAAAAGAAAUAAAAUCAAUUGAUUUGCAGUGAAAGAGAGCCUUUAUGCAACCUAAAAGCCUAGUUCAAAUCCUUUGGUCAUGCAACCCAAUAUUAUAUGCUGAAAGACCAGACUUGCUCUCUUUUUCUUCUCUCUGUACGCAUGCAUGGAUACUAAGGAAGAUGUUUUGCUUAAAGGCUGAUGCACGCUGAUCUGAAAGUAAAUUUUUAGAAUUGAACAAAAGGGCAUGGAUAGUAUCGGGCUGCAAGGGCCUUCUAAAAUUUCAUAAGCAAGGGCUCAUAGUGGGCAAGAUGAGGUUCAUUCAGGACUUGGGCAAUAGCUCUCAAUGCUCUUUCAGUGGUAGAGUUGUAUGUGUUCAUAACUUGAAACUGAACACAUUGCAUAGCUCAGAUAGUUGGAUAGCAUGCAGUUGGAAAAUGGCUCAGUGGAUGAUUAGGAUGGCAUCUCUUGGCUCCUCAUGCCUUAGAUAACCCUGGAUCCAGUAGGAAGCCCACAAUCAUCAAUGCAAUAUUUUGUUUUUAUAUUUGUUUUCUACAUAGAUGUGCACCUGAAGUAUCAGGUGGCAGCUGUGUUUGGUUUUCUUUCUUACAUAGCUCUGGGGGUGUGAUUUACCUAGUGAAACGCUUCAACAGAAGUUCUCAGCAAUGUGACUCCCUUCCUGUGCCUCCAAAAAUCGGCACUGGAGAUGGUCAGGAGAACCCCCAGAACAGUAGGGGAGGGGGAUCAUUCCAUCUGGCAAGCUGAUACACUUGCACAGACAACAUUCUUAAUAGUGCAAUGUUGGAUUGGCCCAUUGUGUUUGGUGCAACUUAGUUGUAAGCUUUGAACAUUUUAGUUUUUUAUUUUGAACUCAAGUUUUUUGUUAAUAAAGUUAUUUUAGCCAAUAUACAUAUAAAACAUUGAAUUAAAAUAAAGCUUCUCAAUAUUUUUAAUUGCCAGGAAUGGGGAAUGAUUAAACAAAAAGCUUUUUGAUAUUUUACAGCAACUAUAACAGCAUAGCAAUGUUAUCGGAGGAUGGAGCAGGUGGAUGCAGGGAUAUGGUCCCAGCAGCUGUCGUUUGCAGCUUAGUUAGGGCAACUGCCUAGAGAACAGAAAAUGACCUUGAGCUAAAACAAGCCUUCAGGACGUGGCAGGCACCAAGCUGAAUCCAGCCCACCUGCCAUCCAAGGCAAACCUUCGCAGGUCUGAAAUCUGUAUUUCCUACCUUCCUGAGAUGGGAGAAAUGGAAGGCUGCAGAACACUUGGGAGGCAGCCAUAGGCAGUUGAUGGGCUGUGUUUGGCUGGCUGCAUCAUAAAUGGUGCAGGUUUGGCCUAAAACGUUGAGAGGUGUCCGAUUCAUACACUAACGUCAGGUGCAUCAUCAGUGCUGUAUAUAAAGGAAGUGCAUAUUUGCAGUGGGGUGAAUUUGGGCACUUGAUGCAGCACUUUCUAAUGCUGCCAGAUUCACUUGCACCACUAUUCAUACAUCACAUUAUCUACAAAGCCCCCUCACUGUAUGAAGUGGGGGGUGACCCCUAUGUAUCCAAAAGCCUAUCUGACUUCCCUUAUAGCUCUAUGCCAUAGGUAGAUAACCUGUAGCCCUCCAUAUGUUCUUUUUUUCUGAAGUUUUCCAAAAUUUCACACAUGCAUUUCAACACAUAAUAAAACCAUUUCCACCGCAAACUUCCUACCCACUUUUCCAUGGUGUUUCUGUUUCUCUCGCUCUGCUGCACUGUCUUCUGUCUCUUGAACCUUAACAAAACUACUAUAAUCUUUAAUCCCUUCUGUUGCCCAUGGUUCAAAUCCUGCUCGCGUGUUCAUCCUAUAAUAAUAUUUAGCCCUCCAUAUGUUAUUGACUACAGUUCCCAUCAUCCCUGACCAUUGUCCACCCUGGCUCUGCCUGCUGGGACAUCCAGCUCUCAGUACAUUACUGCAGUACUUGCGAAUGGAACAUGCAAGAAUUCUGUGACUGAAUGCAGGGCCUCUCCUGGAUUUACUGGACUGAGUCAUAGGAUGUUGGUGGCAACAGCAGCAGCAACCAUAGUGAAAAAUUGCUACUUGAACCAACAGGAAGGACAGAGAUCUUCUCAAUUGUAGGGACUUUCAAGUUGGGUGCAAAAUUGUUCUAAUUUCCUAGGCCAACAACUGUCCCAGAUUACUUAAAUAGAGACAGAAGGUGAUAAGCCUAUAAACACACACAGGUUUCUCAACAUCACAAGGUGAGAAUUAAAGAUCAAGGGAAGACAGGGUCAACUCUGAUUACUGUAACACUGGACAUUUCAAAUCCAAUGCUUAAGUUAAUGAGCAAUAAUUUGAUCUCUGUUGUACCAGAAACAACUGCUGCUAAUCUUUAUUUUAAAUACUGAGACAAAUCAGUUAUCAGUGGUAAUCUCUUGAUGUGAAAAUAAAGAAAAGGGGGGGCCCUUCAACUCACUUUAGAGGCUAAGUGGUUUAUUGCAUUUGUGGUAGGAAAGUUCAUUGCACUUUGCAAUAGACCAAUUAACUUCAGAGGCAUUGCUGUACUUGUUCUUUUCUAAACAACAAAAAAACCAGAGUUUGAUACUUGAAAAAAAAAUCCAGCCCUGUUGCAUCCUAAUUGCCCUUUGUGCUGUGAUGUUCUGUCAAGCUGAAAUGCUCUUGGUCUAUUGAUUUCUGGAGGUGACCUUCAAUUUAUGAAAGUGAGGUUCUACUUUUGUUAAUGCCCCCCUCAGCAGCCAGCAGUGCUGCAACAAAGUGUUAAUGUACUCCUCACAACAGAAAUAAACAUUUCUCCUCCUCUCUUGC